AUAAUAUUUUUAAAAAAUUAUGCUAGAUUUUUCCAAAAUUUUUCAAGAUGUUCAGCUUUGCCCAAAAAAUACCCUAGAAAAACAUUUGAACCAGUUAACAUAUUUAUGACUAUGAUUCCAACAAGAUGAUGGAACCACUUUGAAAGAUGUUUUAUAUACUCUGUCUCUUUCUCUCUGUCAGAAUGUAUGUGCUUUUGCGUGUGAGCCUAAUGAAAAUGAACCUCUACUUGAACUCUUUUUCAUCAUUGUAGGCCUUGUCCGCUCAUUGUUUCACUGCAGGUACGAGGCAGAAGUAAUCAGUGUCAUAGGCAAACGUAUCUGUAGUCUACUAGACACGGACUCGUUUGACAUAAAACCUCUUGGGAUAGCUUCAAGCAUAAAUACUCUGAAACAAAUGUUGGAAGGAACAGAUAAUUCAAAAGAUGACGAAGUUUGCAUGAUCGGAAUAUGUGGUCAAGGUGGAAUUGGGAAAUCCACACUGGCGAUGGCCCUCUAUAAUGAGCUAUCUCAAAACUUUGAAGGUAGGUGUUGCUUCCUCUCAGAUAUCAGGGAAAAUGAAAAGCUGGUGGGCCUUGCUUCUUUGCAGGGCAAAUUCAUGAGCAAAAUUUUCGGAGGAAGUGAGCCGAUGAAUAAGGAUAAUGGCAUUAACCUGAUGAAGAAAAGGCUUGGAAGCAAUAAAGUUUUCUUGAUUUUGGAUGAUGUGGAUCAUGCCCGUCAACUCGAGGCUUUUACAGCUAACCGCCGGAAAAAUGAGGAGUGGUUUAUGCCGGGGAGUAAGAUUAUUGUGACAACAAGGAACAAAGAAGUGCUCCUUCAACAUGGAAUCAAUGAGGAAGAUAUUUAUUACCCUGAAGGAUUGGGCAUAAAGCACUCACUACAACUAUUUUGUCGCCAUGCAUUUAGCAGCCACCAACCGUCGGCAGAAUUCGAUGAGCUAUCCCGGAAGGUUGUGAAGGUAGCAGGUGGGCUGCCACUAGCACUUAUAGUAUUUGGCUCAUUCUUUUACGACAUAAAAGACAAGCGCGAAUGGGAAGAUAAGUUGGAAAUAUUGAAAAGAGAUCAGCAUGAGGACAUCCUUAAAAGAUUGAGAAUAAGCUACGAUGGGCUACAUAAUCACAGGGAAAAGUGCGUCUUUUUAGACAUAGCAUGUUUCUUCAUUGGAUGGCAUAAAGAACAUCCGGUUUAUAUGUGGGAGGGUUGCGGUUAUGCUCCGAAUACCACACUUAAAGUUCUUCAACACAGAUCUCUUAUUAAGAUCAACGAGGGCGGCUUCCUUGAAAUGCACGACCAAAUCCGAGACAUGGGGAGAAUGAUAGUUCAAGAAGAAGGCAGCAACGAACCUCUGAAGUACAGCAGGCUGUGGAUUGCAGAGGACGUAUCGAAGGUUUCAAUGUUGAGGGAUAACAAUAUCCAGGGCUUACAUUGGUCGGGAGAUGAUAUAAAGCGUUUGAGGUGGGAAGCGAUGGAGGCGAUGCCGAGUCUCCGGACGAUCAUAGCUGGUGCAGUAGAUACGAGAACCGAAAAUCAAGAAGAUGCAUCUCAAGGAGAAUAUGGAGAUGGCGGAACAUCUGAUAAUGAAGAGGCAUCCGAAGGGGAAGAGAUGCGGCUGCCAAAGAGCACAAAAUUGCUCUGUUGGAGGUGGUGUCGCCGUAAGACACUCACCUUCCACAACGGCCGGCACGAGCACCUCCUCGUCCUCGACCUCCAAUACGGUCAGUUUCGGCGCUUGGAAUCACUUAACAUGGCUUUUCCAAUGCUGAAGGCCCUCGACCUCAGCCAUUGUUCCUCUCUCAUCCGGACUCCUGAGUUCACUCAUCUCGACUGUCAUUCAUUGGUUGAACUGGACGAGUCGAUUGGGCAACUUAAGGCGUUGGUUUUCCUUAGCAUGAAAAGUUGACAGGAACUAAAACAACUGCCUGCAGGUAUUUGGGGGUUGGGGUCACUUGAAUACCUCGACCUGUCUUUCUGCAAGAAAAUUGAAAGAUAUGACUGGCUGCGAGGCACUUUCAGUUGUACCAGAAAAGAUAGGGGAACUGAAAUCCCUAACCAAGCUUAGCUUUAAAGAGUCAUCAAUAUCAUGUAUACCAGAUUCCAUUGGAGGGCUUCAGCGUCUAGAACUUCUCGAUCUUUCUUCCUGCCGGAACAUUUCGUCUUUGCCACAACAGAUUGGAGAUUUGAAAUCCCUAAAGCAACUUUUUCUUGCAAAGACAUCAUUAGUAGAUAUACCAGAUUCCAUUGGAGGACUUAAGUUUCUACAAAUCCUUGAUCUUUCUAGCUGCAAGAACAUUUCAGUUGUGCCAGAACAGAUAGGGAAACUGAAGUCCCUAACCCGACUUAGCUUCAAAGAGUCAUCCAUAUCAUGGUUACCGAAUUCUAUUGGAGGGCUUCAGCAUCUAGAAUUUCUGGAUCUUUCUUCCUGCCCAAAAAUUUCGUCUUUGCCGCAACAGAUUGGAUUAUUGAAAUCCCUAAAUCAACUUUGGCUUCCGAAGACAUCAUUAGCUGAUAUCCCAGACUCCAUUGGAGGGCUUCGGUCUCUGGAAAUUCUUGAUGUUUCUGGCUGUAAGCAAAUAAAGUCUUUGCCAAAACAAAUGCAGAAGUUGAAAUCCUUGAAAAGACUUUUUCUUGGAAGGACCUCUUUGAUAGAUGUACCAGAGUCCAUUGGAGGACUUGAGUUUCUAGAAAUCCUUGAUCUUUCUGGCUGCAAGGAAAUUUCAGUUGUGGCAAAACAGAUAGGGGACCUGAAAUCGCUAAUCCAACUUAAUUUUAAGGAGUCA